AACGACUCAACUUUCAUUCAUUCGUCGUAAUUUUUUUUCUUUUAUGAUUAAUAAAAGUUGAAAGUUCGCCAAACUUCACAUGCGUUUCGAAAACAUCGUUGCAAUGGUAAACAUACCCAUCCAUCUGUAAAUUUGUCUUCGUCAUUCUGUUGAGUUCUGUGUGUAAAUACGAAAAUAUCAUUCAUUCAUCAAUUUUUUCAACGUUGCGUUCGUAUGCUUUGUUUGAAAAUUAAUUUCCUUUUCUCGUAGGAAUGAUACUAAACUAUUUGCUUAAGAUUUUUCAAAUAUUAAUCGUUCUAUUCGUUUAUACCUCAGCAUUAUUUGAUCACAUCGAUGUCGUCAAUUUAUUCGACUAUGAAUCAGAUGUGUUUUUUGAAAUCCUGGAACCUGAAGAAUUACGAUACACGUAUCGAGUCAGACCAGCCACCAAUUUUGGAGUUCCUCUUAACGACACCAUAGAAAUGUUUUCCACAAAAUUGGUUCCAACAGAGCCACCUUUCUGUUGCUCACCUCCUGAGAAUGCAUUUCAAUUAAUGGGCAAUAUUGCUUUAGUCGAAAGAGGAAAAUGCACUUUCAAGAAAAAAGCAAUUCACGCAGAAGAAGCCGGUGCCGUAGGAAUUAUUAUUACCGAUUACGAUUAUAAUAGUGAUGUGUAUAUCGAUAUGCUCGAUGACGAAUCAGUCAGACAAACCAGUAUUUCAGCCGCAUUUUUACUUGGAAAAAAUGGAUUUGUGAUUCGAUCUACGUUGAAAAAAUUGAAUCUAGAAUACGCAGAAAUCAACAUUCCAUUAAAUCUUACGAAAAUUGGUGUUCAUAAAAAACGACAGCCUCCCUGGUUAUUAUGGUAAUAGUUCCUUAUAGAAUCGUGAUUUCAGUUUGGUCCACGUGCCAUUUCAUUUGCAUAUUUCUGUUAUGAUAUGAUAUAUUCACCUCGGAGUAGUAGUUACCAUUAUAACAUUACUGUAACAUUUGUAUAUCGAUAUAAAGUAUUGCCCUUAACGAAAUGUCAUUACCAAAGAAUCUUUCAUACCUUGCAAUGAUGUUUCUGAUUGAUUUUUUUCAUUAAAAAGUUGUAAUAUGUAAUUUCUAAGUAUACAUAUUAGUAAUUUUAUAACAAUAUAUCUGAUUUCCCUCCGUGUAUAUUUAAGUAAUAUUGUAUUUAUACCUAGUUGUAUAGUAUUAGGUCUAAUUAUUUUUCAUUUGUCUCGUUUUCUUCGUUUUUGUAAUGAAUACAGACUGCGUUUGCCAGAGAAAAUUACGUGUAGUUAUACAUUAGGUAUAAGCGAUAAGGACCAAAUUUCUAAUUGGCAACUGUGAUUAUUAAUACGGAAUUGCUCUAAUUUUUGCAGUAUUGUUUAUAAUAUCAAACAUCGAGUGUAGCUCAUUACGUGUUAUUUAUUUUUCAUUUUGAAAUCAAGGGUAAAAAUUUGAAUAACUAGUCAAAUUGUCAACUUUAUUUUGCGAUGUAAUGUUAUCUUGUCCUAAAUUAAUUUAAGUUACGGAAAUAAAUGUUAAUAGAAACCA